UCUACACCAAAGAUUGGAUGCCCCACUGUGACGUCAGCAGCCCGUCUCGAGACUGUCCGCCCUCAUCACCAUGACAACCUCAGAUUUUCAGCAUCGUCAGCGGACGAAGAGUCUCCCCUCUGCUCAGAUCAACACCGGUCUAUUCUGAGAAAAUACUGUCCGUUUUCUUUUACGCCUUUACUUUUAGACUAGGAAGUGUGUACCUGCGGACCCUCAUGUUUUGGGCUCGCGCUGGUGGCGGAGGGAGACGCUGUUUCACUGCGUAAACAAAAUGGCCCUGUUUCAGCAUCACGGGCUGCUGCCGCUGGCCUGCGCUCUCCUGUUGGCCGGAAUUAACCACGUCGACACGCGCUCUUCGCAAAUUUCCCCCGCAGAUGUGCUUUUGGAUGAAUUUCGUAAACAGCUACAACAGGAGCAGGCGUAUAACCGAGCCGGGGACGUGACUGACUCCUGUGUGGAGGACUACGACACUGCUGAGGCGCACAUCAUCCGGACCAAACUCUCCAUCGAGCAGGGCGCCACCUUCCUGCUCGCCCCGGACACCGUGUACACCUGGAGGGACUGUCUGCACGCCUGCUGCUCCCUGCCGCACUGCACCGUGGCCGUGGUGCAGGAGGACCCGAGGCAGACCGGAGAGAACCUGGGCUGUUUUCUUUUCAACUGCACCUACAGGGGCAGAAACGUGUGCUCCUUUGCUCAGAAGGAGGGCUUUUCCUCUUUUACCCGGGCUAACACCAACGCCACUCGGGGACAGCUGUCAGCUCUGAUCGGGGCCACUUCCAGGAGACCCGGGGAGGAUGAGGAGGACGCACUAGAAGAUGAGCCCCCACGCAGUGACGCUGGGCAGGACGUGAUCAUCCAGUUACCCACAGACUGGGCUGUCCUGGACGGGAGGGACAGUGUGGAUGACCAUGGGAUCAGCCGCUAUGAGUGGACACUGGUCAGAGGAGAUACUGCCAUCAACAUGAAGGUGACUCACCCAGGCCUGCUGAAAGUCAGUGGUCUCCGGGAGGGAAUAUACACAUUUCAGAUGACCGUGACUGACACAUCGGGGCAAAAGAGCUCUGAUAAUGUGUCAGUGUCUGUGCUGGCUCCCAAACAUCAGGCUGAAGUGUGUACGGGCCACUGCUCAAACUACCAGUUCAAAUGUGACGAUGGCUGCUGUAUCGACAUCACUUACGCCUGUGAUGGGAAACAGCACUGCCCUGAUCGAUCUGACGAAGACUUCUGCCCCAACUUUGAAAGCAGCAGAAAAUCUGUGACUCACUCGAUGAACAUCCCCAGCCCCCGUCGUUUGGUAACCCACACAGACACAGAGGAGCAGGCAGGACUCAGGAAAACCAUGGAGAGCAUCGCCCCACCACAGGAGAACGGUCAGAAGGAUGCAGCUGCCAAUAAAGACCCCUGCUCCUCAGCUCCAGUGGUGGGACCAUGCAAAGGCACGUUCCCGCGGUGGUACUACGAUCAGGAGGCUGGCCAGUGUAAGCACUUCCUGUACGGAGGCUGUCAGGGCAACCACAACAACUUCCUGCAGGAGUCUGACUGUGUCACCGAGUGCAUCCAGAAAUCUCCAUCAUUUAAACCAGCAACUGUGGCACCACCAGUGACUAAACAGACAGAAAGAGCUGCUCCCAAAGUGUCCCAGAGUCAAACAGAAACUGAGAAUGCCAUUUCUAAACCAACUUUCAUCAAAGGAGUUCACCCUGCUCCUGAAUCAGGCGCUAUCCUCCCUCUGGUCCUUGGUAUCCUAAUCACCAGUCUGCUCCUGCUCAUGAUCGGCUGCCGUCUCAAACUUGUCCAGCACAAAUUGAAAAAGGCACGGCCCCUGACCACAGAGGAGUCCGAUUACCUCAUCAACGGCAUGUAUCUGUAGCUCUCAAAUCUACCACUACUACUCCUACUACUACUUCAAAUACUGAUUAUCACAGGCUGGCACUUCAAAAUAUGCGCUCUUUCUUUUGGCUCCCCUGGACUUUGAUUCAUAUUUUUAGCUAUUUUUAUGAAAAAUUGCUCAUUACGCUGGUGUGAAUGCUGCCGAAAUGCUGCCUUUGAAUACAAUGAUAUACAGUAUUCAUGUCAAUGUGUUUUGAGCUGUUGAUAUUUUUCUAUAAGAGACUCAUUAAAUUACAAAAGAGAAAUCUAUCUGGCUAAAUGUUGUGACAAGUUGAUACACCAAUCAGGCAUAACAUUGCAUGCUUAAUGUGGGGAGUUACUUGCAAACUUCACUAUGGGGUUGUUAAAAGUAUCGAAAUCAGAUAGUAAAUGAAACUACAAUUUAUACACUGAUUGAAGCAGGUAUCGAUACUGCAAAAAAUAACAUAAACAGGACAAAAAUUUACCUUUAUUCAACAAUUUUAGUUUGACCUUUAUAAGAACAAAUACAAAAAAGCAUGAAUGCAAAAAAAGUACUAUAAUUAUACAAUAACUGUUUUGGAAAUGGCAUCCUACUACUAAAAAGAGGUUUCUUGUCUUUGUGGUAUCGUAAUCAGUAUCGAGUACUGAGUUAAUACCUUAGUAUCGAAAUCAAAUUUUAGUAUCAUGACAACACUACUUCACAAUGCGUCAAACUCAUUCAAAUCCAUGGACCUGCUGCAUUUCCUCCUACUUCUAAAAUUUGCAACUAAAAUGUUUCAGUAGUCAUGACGUUGUGCCUAAUUGAUGUAUAUUUUAAUUUAUAUGAAGAUCAGAAAUGUCCUUGUCCACUGUGCUACCUACCUCUACCUUUUGUCUCAAGAUAUUUAUGCGAAUUCAAUAUUUCUUGUGUCUCUUGCUGGUGAAAAACAUUUUUUUUUUUCUUCCUGAUGAGUGUAUUUCUACCAGUAGGGGGCACAACACAAUGUCGCUCCCCGCCUCUCAGACAAUAUUUAACUAUGACUGUAUGUUGACUGUAAACUGAAGUGCCUGCUCUGGUGCACUUUACAUCAAUCUUUAUUUUUAAAGGAGAUCCUAUGGUCAUGUUGUUUUAAUUUGAUUUCUGGUGUAAAUGCAGUUGUAGCUUUUCCUCAAAGUUCUACGUGUUAUGUCAGAUAAUAAAAAGUAUAUUAUGAA